GAGUCAGAUUAUCACUUUCUUCCUGCGUUAACGCCCCUGCAGCUUUUCCACUACAACCAGCUGGAGCCGAUCCAGAAUAAUAGAUACAACCUUCCACCCCACAAUGCCCUGGCACAGAUUCUACCAAAUAAUCACUUCAUCUUCAAGGGAGUGAAGACUAAGAUGCACAAAGAAACCCAACAACAUCUAAAGAAGCCAGCUAACAAACCCAACAUCAACCAUACCUAUCAGAUACAUCAUCCACAUAAACGACCUCCCCUGCAUGUCUUUGAGGAUGAUCCGAGCAUGGCAGAGAUCAGCAGCCUCCAAACUAAGGAGGUUGAAAACUACCGCUCAGCCAUGAGCAAGAUGGCAGAAGACAUCAUAGAGCUGAGGACGCAGGUAGUGACAUUGGAGGCAGAAAACAGCCGGCUCCGCAUUGACCGGUCUCUACACCAGGACCUCGACCGAGAUCAUCUGAAUGACUCAGACAUUGAAACCAUGACCAAUGCAGAGAUUUCUAAACAUAUAGCCUCCCUAAAGCUCAAGGUUGCCAGUGAGAUCAGGAAGGCUGCCUCGCAAAGGGAAAGGAUCCAACAGCUGCAGAAUGACCUCAUCAAGAAGAACGACAGUGAGAAGGAGCUACUGAAGCUUCAGAGAGUCCAUAAGCUGCAGCUGGUGGAUCAACAGAAUUGCCUGGCAAAGAUGGCAUCUUUGGAGGGCACCGUGAAACAGCAGGAAAAGGUCAUUGAGGAGAUGGAGAAAGCUUUGGAGAGCAAACUCAGUGGAAACAAUAAGCAGAGUGGUGACAACAGACUAAUGGUAAAAAAGCAAAGAGGAGAGAAUGACAAAAGAAAGGAGGAGAUCGAGUCGGCCCUAGCAGCAGAAAACACUCGCCUCAGAGAAGAGCUGGACAGAUUUCACCAGCAGCCUAACCCCGUUUUUAUCCAGCAGUCAGAACAGACAAAAGACGCACUGCCACUCAGUGAGAGACUGAGAUUACUUCACAAAGUGGAGCAGGCUGAGGCAAGAGUCCAAACACUGGAGGCCCAGUUGGAGGAGAAUUCGAAGCAGUGGGGGAGAGAGAAACAGGAAAUGAUGACCAAACUGAGCGAGCACAAGCACGGCUUUGUCCGAACAUCCACCACCAUCUUUCAUAAUGAUCCAUCGAGGUCUAAAUCAGGAUCAUUGUAUCAGCAAAGCAGAGAGAGGAGCCAGAAGCCUAUAAAGUGACCUGCAAAUAUUACAGUGAACUGUUGACCCGUCAAACACACACACACAGACACACACACGAACCAAAUAUGUAUAAUAAAAUAAUACAU